AACUGUUAUUUGUCAAAGGCAGACAUCUAAGCUGUUUAUCUGUUUCUUGUACUGUGUAAUGUCUAGACACAGUCAUCUGGGAGAGAUUUGCUUAGUUAGAAUUUGUUAUGUAAUGAACUGGAUUCUUUUGGGCAAAACUCCUUUCUGAGAUCUAACUCCCUUCGAAAGUCUCCUCCAAAGGAAGUGAGCAAGAAAGAGAGAAGUGUCCUGUUUAGAGGACGAGAAAUCCAAAUUCCUUCCAUGUGUGGAGAGAGGACUCAGCUGGUAAUGAGACGUUCAUCAUUUUCCUGUCAUUCGGCCACUAUUGACUUCCAAAGAACAGCUUGUUCCCAAGGGACAAAAGCAUAAAAAAAAUCACAAUAAGCUGAGUCUUGGGCAAGAAAAUGAAUAUCUGAGUUGAGAUAAUAAAAGAGCUGUGUCAGUAAAACUGCUAUGUUAGCACAAAGAAUGAAAGUGGGAGGAAUUUUCUUUAAAAAAAAUCUUGUGUUUGGGUAUAAAACUCUGAGAGAUGAAACAGCUGAAAGAAAGAAAACAAGGAGGGAGAGAGAAAGAAAGAAAAAAUAAUCUUUCAGACAAGGUGAAAGGAGGAGGAAAAGUGUCGGACAGCUGCAGAGAGAGGGAGGAGGCUAAAACAAAACAGCUGUAUAGAGGUGAACGAUAGAGCGAGAGAGAUAGAGUAGGUUGAAAGCAAUGUGAAAGGAGGAGAGAAGGUUACUGUUGAGUGAACAUCAGGAGUUGUGUAUAUUUACAGUAAAACUGAGAGCUGGCUGAAAAGAAGAAAAGGAUUUAUGAAGUGAAGUGAUUUCAAGUGGAGAUGAGUCUAACAGUGAUUCUGGCGGCUGUAGUGGGCUUCGGCGCUCUGUCUUCCUGUUACUCUGGCGAGAACACCACAAGACCGGCCAUCAUAACAGCUGAUAUGUCUCAGGCCAGAGUGUUCAAUGAGGAGAUGGUUAGAGGGCGAGGGGACACUCCAGACAUCAUAGAACCUGAACCCACCACUGCCGUCUCUGAAAUGGAGAGUACAUACAACUACAUCCUGUCUAGACUGGCAGCGAUGGAUCAGGCUAUCCACAGGCUUAAUGUGGGACAUUACACAUUGGAUAUUAAAGUUACACAACUGUCGGAAAGAAUGUCACGACUUGAGAAUAGAUUAGGCGACACUGAGGAUGCCAUUCAACAAGUCUCGUCCUACUGCAAGGACAAUCGCAAAGAGAUCGGACGACUAGAGGGCUGCCAGAAAGGCCGUAAAAUGGGCUACAAAUGCUUCCUGGCAUACCGUGUGUAUGAGACCUACACAGAUGCAUCCCAGAAGUGUCAGGAGCGGGGAGGACGCAUGGCUAUGCCACGAGAUCGCAAGGAGCAGGAAGCUUUGGCUGAAUAUGUGAAAUCAGUAUUCCAUGGAAACUGGCCUGUGUGGCUUGGGAUCAAUGAUGAGCGCUCUGAAGGCCUCUACCUAUUUGAAGACACAACUCGUGUCACUUACUUCCAAUGGAGGAAACACUUCCUGUCAAGCCAGCCAGAUGGUGGGAAACGAGAGAACUGUGUAGCCAUGUCCUCAGAUGAUGGAGACUGGUGGGACACCUACUGUGAAAGACGCAUGUAUUAUCUGUGCGAGUUUGAUGUUUAGCCUUGAUGAAUUACUAAAUGGCUUCUAAUUAAGAUAUAUAUAUAUAUCAAGAGCAGCUAUUCAUUGUUUCAAAAACAGUUGUUGUACAGGUAAAAUUAGGGCCAGUGAAUUUAAUGAUCCCAUGAAAUGGUUAGAUAAAUGCAAUUUUCUUUCCUGUUGACAUUUUUCCUAUUGAAACAGCAAGUUGGAGCCAGACGUAUAUAGAUCUUAACCUCCUGUCCCCCUUGAAUCCAAAAGCAAUUCCAUUGGUUGAGAAAAGUUUUAUGCGCUGCCUCACUCUAAAUUGUUUUACCCUGUAUUCAUGAAAAUUGUAAAUGCCUUUUAAAUUACAUAUUACAUACAUGUAUCACAGUAUAUUACUGAAGCUAAAAAAAAUGGUCAAAUUACAAAUGUCUCUUUCUAAGUUUUUUCAAUUAGCCUUCAGUUAGCAAGCAAAAUAGUUAGCCUACUAGCUCAAGAUAGCACACUUGAACAGACUUUGAGGAAAGGGGAUAGGAUUCACCAGAGGGAUCGUAUAUUGUAGUGCGUAGAGAAGACAAAUUCUGUAUAUUAAAAAAAAAAAAAACCUUUCUGCUAAAAGUAAAAAAAAAAAAAUACAACAGCCUAUACUGUAGAUGGCUUUAAAGCUAACAGACUAAAAUUAACAAAACUCUGUUUUCAUGGGAUCUUAAAGCCAGUACUGGAAAUAUUUGUAAUAACAAAAGGUUUGAAGAUCAUGGACAUAUGAAAACAUACUGAAAUAUAAUAAAUGAUUUAAUCUUU